AUGAAAAACCAAACCACAAUAACAACCUUCAUCUUGCUGGGGCUGACGGAUGACACUCAACUGAAAAUUCUGCUUUUCAUCUUUCUAUUUCUUUCCUACAUGUUGAGUGUAUCUGGAAACCUAACCAUCAUCACCCUCACUCUGAUGGAUUCCCACCUCAAAACACCUAUGUACCUUUUCCUCCAAAAUUUCUCCUUCUUAGAAAUUUCAUUCACAACUGCUUGUGUGCCCAGAUUCUUGUACAGCAUAUCAUCCAGGGACAAGUCUAUCACCUAUAAUGCUUGUGCCAGUCAACUGUUUUUUACAGACCUCUUUGCAGUAACAGAGUUUUUCCUCCUGGCCACCAUGUCCUAUGACCGCUACGUGGCCAUCUGCAAACCCCUGCAUUACACAACCACCAUGAACAGCAGAGUCUGCAAGAACUUCCUCCUCCUCUGUUGGUUAGCAGCAUUGAUCAUCAUACUCCCACCAAUCAGUCUGGGUUUGGGCUUGGAAUUCUGUGAUUCGAAUGUCAUUGAUCACUUCUGCUGUGACGCUUCUCCUAUCCUGAAGAUCUCCUGCUCAGACACAUGGCUGAUAGAACAGAUGGUCAUAGUGUGUGCGGUGCUGACCUUCAUUAUCACUCUCAUGGGUGUCGUUCUUUCCUACAUUUAUAUCAUCAGGACUAUUCUAAGGUUUCCCUCUGCCCAGCAAAGGAAGAAGGCCUUCUCCACUUGUUCUUCCCACAUGAUUGUUGUUUCCAUCACAUAUGGCAGCUGCAUCUUCAUUUAUGUCAAACCGUCAGCCAAGGACGAGGUAGCUAUUAAUAAAGGAAUUUCGCUCCUCAUUACUUCUAUUUCACCAAUGUUGAACCCCUUUAUUUACACACUGAGAAAUAAACAAGUGAAGCAAGCUUUUCUUGACUCAAUUAAGAAAACUGUAUUCCUCUCAAAGAUGUAA